AUGGCGCGUCUGGCUUUCCUCGUCGCAUCCCUGGCGGUGAUGCUUGUGGUGGCUUCUGCUGAUAAGCCAACCCUUCAGACUGGACCCGGCAACCCGGCAGUCAACCUCGACCAAGCCAAGGGCGCUAAUGGCGUCGUGACUGAUGUCCCUGCUAGCAUCGAGAAGGCGGCAGCAGCGGGCAAGCUGGACCAACUCCAGGGCCAGACGGUCGUGAGCACGGCCACCGACAGUAUCCUGAUGGUGGACGUGAAGCAGGCCGGAUGGAACAAGAUGAAGUGCAAGUGGAGCGCGGGCUUUGCCGAUGCUGGUAAAGGCGCGUGCACCGUUCAGAACUGCAGCUUGGGUGGCAUCCCCGCCAAGUGGAAGACGUCGAACCUGCUCAAGAACAAGCUCGGUGUGGAGGUGUACGUGAAGGGCAACCCCUGCACUGUGAAGAAGGCGUCCCCGCAGACGUGCUGCAACACGUGCGCGGGUUUCUCGGGCUGCACUUACUGGCAGUACAUUCCUGACAUCACGAUCGACGGCAAGAAGUCGGACGGCGCGUGCUACCUGGUGCACGACAACAUCGACUUCACCUGCGGUGAGCUCACCGCGCAGUACGCGACGGACUCGAAGCCCGUGAACCUGCAGGUGCGCACGGGCGGCGAGUGCAACCCCGCGGCGAAGAUCCAGAACGACCCGCAUCUGGUGGGCGCGUACGGCACGCACUUCGACUUCAACGGCCGCCCUGACAAGGCUUUCUGUCUGCUGGCUGACAAGGACCUGCACAUCAACAUGCUGCUGCGCGGGUACUACUCUGACGACACGGAGAACGCGGCACUUGUUGUUGACGGCAAGGCCGUGCACACGUGGAUCAAGGAGCUCGGCAUCAUCUGGUUCGCUAACGGCGCCGACCACAAGGUGCGGCUGGCGGCACGCGGCGGCAAGCAGCAGGAGCGCGGCGAGGGCUUCAUGAAGACGAUCGAGAUCGACGGCGAGGAGAUGCCGAGGAUGAACGUGGGCGACGAGGUGACGACCGAGGGCGGUCUGACUCUGCGAUUCGCCGCUCUGGAGAAGGAGGGCCCGUAUGACGUGGACUACUACACCCUUGUCAUCGACGGCCUCGUGGGUCUCGACCUGCGCCUGCGCGUCGCCAACCCCAAGCUGCAGACCCCCAACGACGCCGAGGCGCACAUCAACGAGGGCAUUGUCGAGCUGGAGCACACCGACGACGUGCACGGCGUGCUCGGCCAGACGUACCGCCCCGACCACGCGGAGCGCGCCGCGAACUUCCAGAAGAUGAUCACGACCCUGCACCGCCCGGUCUCCGCGGACAGCGAGGAGGGCACUGGGUUCCUCGAUGGCACUCCCCGCAUGUACGAGUCGAGCUCUGUCCUUUCUGUGGACUGCGCAUUCACCGAGUACCACCGCGCGAAGCAGCUGAGCCCCGUGCAGCACAUCGACAUGGAGCCCCUUCCCUAG